CCUCCCCGCCGGCGCCGGCGGUGCCCGCCUCGCUCCCCGCCCCGGCUGAGGGGCGGCUGCCGCUGUUGCUGCCGCUGCCGGCGGCGGCUCUGUGAAAAUGUCCGAGCGGGGCACCUUCUACCGGCAGGAGCUAAACAAGACGGUGUGGGAGGUGCCCCAGCGCUACCAGAACCUCACCCCCGUCGGCUCCGGCGCUUACGGCUCAGUCUGUUCAGCGUAUGAUACAAAAACAAGACAGAAGGUGGCAGUAAAAAAGCUUUCAAGGCCUUUUCAAUCACUUAUUCACGCGAGGAGGACCUACCGAGAGCUUAGGUUGCUUAAGCACAUGAAGCAUGAGAACGUUAUAGGAUUGUUAGAUGUUUUUACACCUGCGACAUCAAUAGAAAAUUUUAAUGAAGUGUAUCUUGUGACAAAUUUAAUGGGUGCUGACCUGAAUAACAUUGUGAAAUGCCAGAAGUUAACAGAUGACCAUAUACAGUUUCUUAUCUAUCAGUUACUUCGAGGUCUUAAGUAUAUUCACUCAGCUGGAAUCAUCCACCGGGACCUGAAGCCCAGUAACCUCGCCGUAAACGAAGACUGUGAAUUGAGGAUUUUAGACUUUGGUUUAGCUCGACAAACUGAUGAUGAAAUGACUGGAUAUGUUGCAACAAGAUGGUACAGAGCUCCAGAAAUUAUGUUAAACUGGAUGCACUACAAUCAGACAGUUGACAUCUGGUCCGUUGGAUGCAUCAUGGCAGAACUAUUGAAAGGGAAGGCCCUAUUUCCAGGGAAUGACUAUAUUGAUCAACUAAAGAGAAUUAUGGAAGUUGUGGGCACACCCAGUUCUGAACUUCUGAAGAAGAUAUCAUCAGAACAUGCAAGAAAGUACAUUGAAUCUCUUCCACAUAUGCCUCAGCAGGAUUUGAAAGCAGUAUUCCGUGGUGCAAAUCCAUUAGCUGUAGAUCUUCUUGAGAAGAUGCUUAUACUAGACAGUGAUAAAAGAAUUACUGCCUCAGAAGCACUGGCACAUCCAUACUUUGUACAGUACCAUGACCCAGAUGAUGAGCCUGAAGCUGAGCUGUAUGAUGAGUCAAUAGAGAAUAAGGAGCGAACCAUAGAAGAAUGGAAAGAACUCACCUACGAAGAAGUGAUUAGCUUUAAGCCCCCUGACUUAAAAAUGGAUAGCCUGGAGAUAGAACAAUGAAUACAGGCAGCUCUGGUUUGCUUUGGUGCACUCUGAAGACUGUUAAAAUAUAACCAUACAAUUUAACCUAUGGUCAGAUGUAGAUAUUACUAUCCAAAGAUAUUGGAGAAGAUGUGGAAAAACAGAUGCAUUAUACAGAAGCCAGAUAUUGUCGUUUUGGGGUGGGUUGGUUUUUUUUUUUUGCCUUGCAAUAUGAAUGUAUUCCCAGCUCACAAAGGGUGAUAAACAACUGCUUCAUCAUGACAAAAUUAUGCACUGAGUUACGGUUGAGCUGUGUGUUCUGCAUGUUUCAUUUUAUCAGUUGUACUGCCAAAAUAAAGGUGACGUUUUAAAUUAAUUUUAAAAUUGUACAUUUAAAGCAUGAAUGUAUAGAAACAUAAACAUAGAAGUCCAUACAAGCAAUCAGAUUUUUUCCUGGCAUUUUAUCUGUCCAUUUUCCUAUUAUUUAUAGUUAGUGCCUUUAUGAAGAGAGGAUGUUUUAGUGAGAUAGACAGAAUAUGCAUAUGUAGUCAUAUGUGUGGUGGUCUUACAAAUUUACUGGAUGUCUCUCAAGCAACCCUAACACCAGUUGAAAGUCAGUAAAAAUAAAUCUUUGUCCUCUGUUGCCAUCCAAGUGUCUGUUCUCAUUAUUUUCCCCAUGUAUAUGUUUUUUAUCAGCACAGUGCCGGUUUGUGAGACCAGUUUAAUUCCUGUUGGUAUUCCUAACCGUGCCAUCUGAGGAGUGCUGGCAAAUUUGCCUGAGUUUACAGGAAGGUGCCCUGGAGGCACUUCAGCCCAUCUCUUAGUCUCCUGCAAACUUCAGCAAAGGCUGUGACAGGUGGCAGUGCAGGAGUACUCAGUUAAGUUCACAGCUUUGAAUGCAAUGUUCCUCAUUGUCUUUAUUUUCUGUCACAUAAUCCGUGGGAAAAUAAUCUAAUACUUACCAUUGGAAGAGAUGAGAAAACAAGAAGAUUUAAGAAUUCGUUUGUGAAAAACAAACUAUCCAUCUCAUCAGAGUUUCCUUUUAAGCAAAACUGUAAAGGUUUUCCAGCUCUGAAAGCUGAAAAAAUAAGUAAUAGAUUUCAGGAUACACCAGAUACUAACGUUUCUUAAGUAAUCAAAUUUGUCUGAUUUCCCCACUGAAGGCAUAAUACUGAAACUGGAAUAUUCUUUGGCAUGAGGCCUCUUGUGGUGUACUGGCUGUGUCUUUCUAAAUACUUGUGAUUCACAGUUGGCUCAGUGUUGCUGAUUUUUGUGUCUCGUCCCUCUGUCAGUCUCAUUUUGGAGGUGGCUUUCUAUAAUAUUUUGGGUUUCUGCAACUUUUGUCAUUAAGAUGUAAGUUGUACAGCUAUUACAUGAGGUAAUUAAUUCUAUUAAAUGCAUUUACUUACCUCCCCCUGUAUCUUUUCUAUGUAAAAAGAAAUGCUUUUUCUUAAUAAACAGAUUUUUUU